GUUUUUUUUAAGGUGCCCAGCAGAUUUGGGGAGACUUAGCCUGCCCUAGCCUUAUUGAAAAUCUGCCUAUGUCCCUGGGCUCCUUUUGCUCCCAGCUAUUGUAAUGUUACUGUGGGGGCGCUGGAAGGUAGUGGCGGGCCUGGCGGGCCUUGCUCUCAGCCUGGAGCUGCUGCUUCGGUACAUGAGGCGGAGAAAGCCCAUUCGGGAGGUGCUGUUCUUCCCGGCGCCGGUGACCUGUAUUGAGCCCGUGUUGUAUCCCAUGAAGCAAUGCUCCUGUCCCCUCCCUCACACCGACAGCGCCUUCAGCCGCCUCCUCUUGUUACUCCUCAGGGCUCAGCGCAGCCUGGAGCUUUGUGUCUUCACUUUCUCCUGUCCCUCCCUGGCCCGGGCCGUGCUACUUCUACACACCAGGGGAGUCCGGGUUCGUGUCAUCACUGACAAUGACUACAUGGCUGCCAGCGGCUCUCAGAUUGGGCCCCUGCGGAGCGCAGGUGUUGCAGUUCGACACGACCAAUCCAGUGGCUAUAUGCACCACAAGUUUGCUGUUGUUGAUGGGACAGUGGUUCUCACUGGCUCCCUAAACUGGACCGUUCAAGCCACCCAAACCAACAGGGAGAACAUUCUCAUCACAGAUGACCGCGUGAUCGUUAAGGCUUAUCAGCAGGAGUUUGAGCGACUCUGGCAGGAAUAUGAUCCGGCAUCAUACGACUUCUUCCCUGAGAAAGAGAACAAAUAAGAGCGACCAAGCAUCUCUUCUUGCAAGCAAUAAAUAUUGGAAACAAAAUACUUUGCUUUUUAAUUGAAAAAUGUAAACUAGUUAUAUAAACAUCAGCAGUUUUACUAAAGGAAAUCUGUAGCUCUGAGUCUUGCCGGCCGUGAUUAAAAAAGGUUU